AUGGAGGAAUUGGGAGCAUCUAUAGAUGCUAUACUGAAGACUAUAAAUGACUCCCUCCGAGGACUUAACCGAGACAUCUGGUCUAAUCCCGAAACUGCCUAUCAAGAAUUCAAAGCCCACGAUGUCAUAUGUGACUAUCUGGAGGAGCAGGGAUGCAAAGUUACCCGCCAUGCCUACGGACUUGCCACUUCCUUCGAAGCAAUCAGUGGUUCUGGGGGCCGUCUAAUCAAUUUCAAUGCGGAAUAUGAUGCAUUACCCGGAAUCGGUCACGCCUGUGGUCACAAUCUGAUCACAACGAGUAGCGUCGCGGCUUUUCUGGCAUUGUCAGCCAUUCUGAAGAAGGAUAAUAUUCCUGGUCGAAUACAGCUUCUGGGGACACCAGCGGAGGAGAAAGGAGGAGGAAAGAUCCAACUUAUUGAUGCCGGCGCUUAUAAUGGAGUUGAUGUCUCUCUGAUGGCCCAUGCAUGCCCUCGAAAGCUCUUUCCGGGUGUUGUGAGUGACGGUUGCGGUGGUGUGUCAAUGAACGCCAGUAAACAAAUUCACUGCAAUUUUAUCGGCAAGAGUGCGCACGCUGGAGCGACACCUUGGGAGGGUCUAAAUGCCUUGGAUGCCCUGGUCAUGUCCUACAAUAACGUCUCCAUGCUGCGGCAACAAAUCCAGCCUGACGAACGUAUCCACUGCGCGUUUUUAGAUACUCCUAAGGUGGCUAAUAUAAUCCCAUCAAACACCAAGGCAUACUGGCAGGUGCGAGGUCCGACGUUGAAGGGCCUUAAUCAGCUAAUUGCAAGGGUGCGCAACGGAAUUGCAGCCGGAGCUCUGGCCGCAGGAUGCGAAGUGGAAAUUGACGAGAAGGAACUCUACGCCGACAUAAAGAUAAUUGACAUUCUCUGCGAACGCUACCAGACACACAUGGUAAAGCACGGGAGGACCAUCAUUAAGCGCCAUGAAAAUGUUCUGUCGGGCUCAACUGAUGCCGGCAACGUGAGUUAUGUUCUCCCGACGCUGCACGCCAUGUUUGCAAUUCCCGGUCCGGAUGGGUCACACCCGCAUCAUCCGUCAUUUGCGGCUGUGGCAGGCACCGAUCAGGCUCAUAAAGAGGCAAUUGCAGUGGGAAAGUCCUUGGCCUUAGUUGGAUGGGAAAUGAUCACAGAUAAUCAGUUGUUUGAGCAGGCAAGGAAGCAAUGGGAGGUGUGCAUCCAGGAAUGA